AUAAAGAUAAAUUAUUCGUUGGGACACGGCGAAGGGAAAUUUUUGGAGUACCCUGACGCGAAUUGCAGGGAGAGAAGAGAGCGAUGGGUGCUUUUGGGAGAGGAUAGCAACUAACAUUAUACACGCAGGGUAGUGUGCGGCAGAAGAGGAAGAGUAAAGAAAAUCAAUUGAUGGGCGAGGACAAGGCAGCGAGUCCGUCGGGGAUGGCGAGGGAAGAGAGAGAAAUGCUCAUUCACAGUGCUCAUGAUUUAGAAGAUCCCGCCAAGCCUUCCCUGGCUUCUCCCCGUGCUUACAAUUCCAGCCGCGAGGCUUUUUAUGCUGUUCUGCAGAGCUGGGUAUCGAAAAAGUUUAUUAGUGGAUGUGUGGUUCUGUUUCCAGUUGCAAUAACUUUCUACAUCACCUGGUGGUUUAUUCAGUUUGUCGAUGGUUUCUUUAAACCAAUAUAUGUGAGAUUGGGACUUAACAUAUUUGGUCUUGGAUUUAUUACCUCUUUGAUCUUCAUAUUAUUGAUUGGUGUUUUUGUAUCUUCCUGGAUGGGAGCCUCUGUUCUCUGGGUUGGAGAAUGGUUUAUAAAGAAGAUGCCUCUUGUGAGGCAUAUCUACUCAGCCUCAAAACAAAUAAGCGCUGCCAUUUCUCCAGAUCAAAAUACAAGGGCAUUCAAAGAGGUUGCUAUUAUACGGCAUCCACGAAUAGGUGAAUAUGCAUUUGGUUUUAUCACAUCAUCACUUAUUCUUCAGGCUGACACUGGAGAUGAAGAACUAUGCAGCGUCUAUGUUCCUACAAAUCAUUUAUAUAUUGGUGACAUCUUGCUUAUCAACUCUAAAGACAUCAUUCGACCAAAUUUGUCUGUUCGUGAAGGCAUAGAGAUCGUUGUAUCUGGAGGUAUGACAAUGCCACAAGUAAUCUCUCCUUCAGAAAGAACAGUAACACCAGCAGACAGAACUCGGAUAAAUAGAGGAUGAAGAUUCAUAUUCGUAGAGCUCUCUGGUUAACCAUGCAUUUGUCUUGGAAAUGCACUUUGAGACACAGAGCUUCCAUUUCUGUAAAGAUUAUGUUCGUUUGUAUUUUAGUAGACUAAGCUUUGAAUUGGUCAGAUCCAUGUAAUAUUGAAGCUUAAAGAAUGUAACAUUAAGUCAAUCAUAGGGUCUCUAACUUGCAUAAAUUUGGAGAUUCUCAGAUUUCAAUCUGUGACAAGUUGAAUCAAAAGGUUUGUUCGAGUGUAUCAUAAUUUGUGUUUGAUUUUCAAUUUGAAAGUAAAGGCAUCUGUAGAUAAGGCAGCUUUUUUUCA